GUCGUUUAUCAGGGGCUCUUCCUUCAAGUAUGGUCAUCGUAGGAAGCUAUAGUGCGGUUAUAGCUGCUGUGUUUAUUGUGCUGAAAACAGUGAACUAUCGGUUGCACCGAGCACUAGAUGAAGGCGAGAUUGUGGAUCGGAAAAGCAGCGCGAUAACCGAGAGGGCCCCGAAAACUGAGGAGGGAGAUGGUUCUGCCCGACGGGAAGACAGCAAUGGACCUGGAGACCCCGGAGGUGGGAUCGAGAUGACUGAGUUUGUACGAGAAGCUACUCCCCCGGUUGGCUGUAGUUCACGCAAUUCCUACGCUGGUCUGGACACAAACCAUCAGAUUGUGUCACCUCACCAUGGAGCUGCAGCAAGCAUUAAAGCGGACGGAGACACUGCGAAAACCUCGGACGACAUCAGUUCGAGCCUGGGCCAGAGCUGCACUUUGUACAAGGAUGUGAACAACGAACAAGAUCUGGUACUAGAUUCAAAGCUUUUCCACGUGGUCUCAAAUGAUUCCUUCAUGUCUAACCAGCCGCUAACAUCCUCGGGAACGCAGGACUUUCCAAGAGAUGCCAGUGAACGAAUGUGCCACCACCACACAGAGCAAUCGCUGUCUGCUGCCUGCGACACCGAAGCAGCUUCCCUUGUACCUUUGCAUUCCCAGUCUUACAGGAAAGAUCAUAGACCCAGGGGGGUGCCAAGGACUUCCAGCUCAGCAGUCGCUUUUCCAGACACCUCUCUCAGUGAUUUUGCCCUCUUUCAGCAAAGACGAGGGUUAGACACGGUUUGUGAAUUAGAAGGGUCCAAACCACUUUCGGGGUCCAAGGAAUCAUUGACUGAAAACUCUUGCUACUCUGGCGUUUUCCAGUUGGACGACCUGCUUAAGAGUAGGACUUCACAGCAAAGCUCCAAAUCUGGGCUCAGCAAGCCUCUGCAAACAGAUCACAGUGUAGACAGCCUGCGGAGUCUGAGCACACGGAGCAGCGGCUCGACGGAGAGCUACUGCAGCGGGACAGACCGUGACACAAACAGCACCGUCAGCAGUUAUAAGAGCGAGCAGACCAGCUCAACCCAUGUGGAGAGCAUUCUUUCGGAGCAAGCAGAAACCUCGGCGGACGAGAAGAGCUCCGAGAAACCAAGCUGUGAGAAAAGUGACGGCCGGAGUGGCUACAGCAGCGGGCCGGACGGUGACAGCACCGUGGAGAAUCACAAAAGGACUAGUAGCAAAAGGAAACGCCUGGAUGGGGUCAGUAAACCUGGAGGCUGCAAUCCCAAGCACGGGAAGCCUUCUGACCGCGUUCAGACUGGAGAGGAGCUGGGUGGUUCUGGUGAUGCCAACAAGAAUCCUCAUGCUAAUGAAUUGUGUGAAGAUACAAUGAGGCUGCAAGGCGUGUCACCAACAGACGUGGCGGCCGAGACUGCGGGAGAGGAGGCCAAAGAAAAAUCCUUGGUGCCCACUGAUACAAGAGCUCUAAAGGAAGAAGUGACAAAACAAAGAGAAGGGGAUGUGAGGCCCAAAUCCUCCAAUUUCCUCCACCGAGCUGCCUCCACACACAAGUCGAACCGGAGGAAGGCGGGGAAAAAGCGGGCGAGCAGUUUUGACUCCAGCCGGCAUCGGGAGUACAUGUCAUUUCGCGCGGUAACUGGUGGCAAACCCAGCAGCAACACUGUUUUCUGUCCGGACGAGGACUCGAGCGAUCAGAGCGACUUGAGCAGGACCUCGAGCAUGCACUCAGCUCACCGUUUCAGUUCAGACAGCUCAUCCAGCACCACCUCCCAUUCCUGCCACUCGCCUGAGGGGCGUUACCAUGUCUUCAAAGCAAAGUACUUGACUCGAGAAAGAGUCGCCGACUCUGAAGCCACUCUAAAGGUUCAUUCUGGCUCGGAAAGCAGUGCUAACGCGAGGAGGCGGUCAACCCGCAGGACUCCCAGUGCGUCCAGUGCCAAGACUCACGCCAGAGUGCUGAGUUUGGACAGUGGCACAGCAGCCUGUUUGAAUGAUCCCGGCAGACUGGGGACGCCAGAUAAAGUGAGGCCUUUAACCACAUCCAAAUCAGAUUUGGAAGCCAAGGACGGAGAGGUGUUGGAUGAACUGUCUCUUAUAGGUAGAGCUUCCCAACUGGAAUCAGUGACUCGCUCACGAAAUAGUUUACCCAGUCAAGUUACAUUUCCAGAAUCUGAAGAAAAAGGAGCUAGAAGCGGAGCACAAGCCACCGAUGAGGCGGUUACUUUCCGUCGCGAACGCAGCACGUUCAGGCGCCAAGCCGUCCGGCGCCGGCACAAUGCAGGGAGUAACCCCACCCCUCCGGCCUCGCUCAUCGGAUCACCGCUCAGCCUUCAAGAUAAUCAGCAGGGCCAGCCAUCAACUUCCCAGCUCAAAAUGCAGUCCCGUCCCCCUUCACAAACUGCCAUACUUAGUGCUAGCGCCUCCCUACUGGUCAGAAAUGGAAGUGUCCACCUGGAAGCAUCCCAUGAUAACGCCUCUGCUGUGGGCAGCAGCAGUUUGCAAGAUGAAUUUGGCAAGUUGUAUGAAACCGGUGGCUGCGAUAUGUCACUUGUCAACUUUGAAACUGCCCCAAGAAGAUCAAACAACAUAUGGGACACAGACUCCCAUUUAUCAAGCUCUACCUCAGUAAGAUUUUAUCCACAUGAUCUAAUUCGAAUGAACAGGUUGUUGACAAUUGAUCCAGAUCUGCUUGAGCAGCAGGAUGCAGAUCUUAGCCCUGACCUACAAGAUCACAUGCAACCACAAGAGGAGACCCAGAAAAUCAAGCACUAUUACAGGUUCUGGAUCCUGCCCAAGAUCUGGAUAGGAGUGAACUUUGACCGCCUAACACUGUUAGCACUGUUUGAUAGGAAUCGUGAAAUUAUGGAGAAUGUUUUGGCCAUCGUUUUGGCUGUUCUUGUGGCCUUCCUUGGAUCUGUUUUGUUAAUCGAUGGCUUCUUUAAGGACAUUUGGGUCUUCCAGUUCUGCUUGGUUAUUGCCAGCUGCCAGUAUUCACUCCUGAAGAGUGUGCAGCCUGAUUCUUCCUCCCCGAGACAUGGUCACAAUCGUAUUAUAGCCUACAGUAGGCCUGUCUAUUUCUGUGCGUGCUGUGGUCUGAUCUGGCUUUUGGAUUACGGGAGUAAACACACCUUGAUCACGAGGUUCAGGUUGUACGGAGUGGCUUUUACAAGUCCCUUACUUUUGGCUUCAGCCAGAGAUGUCGUAAUGGCAUUUACGCUUUGUUUCCCUGUGAUCUUCUUCAUUGGGCUGCUUCCACAAGUAAAUACCUUUGUGAUGUACCUAUGUGAGCAACUUGAUAUUCAUGUGUUUGGUGGGAAUGCCACCACAAGCCUCCUCGCAUCACUUUACAGUUUUAUUCGGAGUAUCUUUGCAGUGGGUUUGCUGUACGGCUUGUGUUAUGGUGCCCUGAGGGAUUCUUGGGAUGCCCAACAUAUCCCUGUCCUUUUCUCUGUCUUUUGUGGCCUAUUGGUGGCUGUCUCCUACCAUCUGAGCAGACAGAGCAGUGAUCCCUCUGUCCUGAUGUCUUUAGCGAGAUCGAAGAUCUUUCCAAGUACCAACGAUAGGAAUCCUGAAGAUCCGCUGUCAGAGGUGAAAGAUCCCCUCCCUGAGAAGCUGAAGCAGUCUGUUAGUGAACGUUUACAGUCCGACCUGAUAGUUUGCACUGUGAUUGCUGUGCUCUACUUCGCUAUCCACGUCAGCACAGUCUUCAUUGCUCUGCAGCCUGUGCUUAGCUACGUGCUCUAUGCUCUGGUGGGUGCAGUGGGAUUCCUAACUCAUUACUUGCUGCCUCAACUCAGAAAACAGCUCCCUUGGCACUGUUUCUCUCAUCCACUGCUGAAAACCAAGGAGUAUUAUCAGUUUGAAGUGCGAAAUGCUGCUCACGUCAUGUGGUUCGAAAAGAUGUAUGUUUGGCUUCUCUUUGUGGAAAAGAAUGUCAUUUACCCACUGAUUGUCCUCAACGAGCUGAGUAGCAGUGCCAAGAUGAUAGCUAGCCCAAAGAAACUGGACGCAGAGUUUGGUGCUUUAAUGAUCACAGUAGCGGGGAUGAAAUUGCUCCGAUCUUCCUAUAGCAGCCCCACAUACCAGUAUGUGACUGUCGUUUUCACAGUGCUCUUCUUCACCUUUGACUACAAAGCAUUUUCAGAGACUCUGCUUCUGGACCUCUUCUUCAUGUCCAUACUCUUUAGCAAGUUAUGGGAACUCUUCUACAAACUGCGAUUUGUUUACACCUACAUCGCUCCCUGGCAAAUCACAUGGGGAUCAGCGUUUCAUGCCUUCGCUCAGCCUUUUGCUGUGCCUCAUUCUGCCAUGUUAUUUGUGCAGGCGAUGGUGUCGGCUCUCUUCUCAACUCCUUUAAAUCCAUUUCUGGGAAGUGCAAUAUUUAUUACUUCAUACGUUCGCCCAGUCAAGUUCUGGGAAAGGGAUUACAACACAAAGCGGGUCGAUCAUUCAAACACCAGGUUGGCAUCUCAGCUCGACAGGAACCCAGGCUCUGAUGAUAACAACCUAAAUUCCAUCUUUUAUGAGCAUUUGACGAGAUCCCUGCAGCAUAGCCUGUGUGGGGAUCUGAUGCUGGGACGUUGGGGCAAUUUCAACACCGGGGAUUGUUUCAUUCUGGCCUCAGACUACCUCAACGCACUGGUUCACCUUAUUGAAAUCGGGAAUGGGCUGGUCACCUAUCAGUUGCGGGGUCUGGAGUUCAGGGGUACCUAUUGUCAGCAGCGAGAGGUGGAAGCGAUCACAGAAGGGGUCGAGGAAGACGAGGGGUUCUGCUGUUGUGAGCCAGGCCACAUUCCUCAUACGUUGUCCUUCAACGCUGCAUUCGGCCAGCGCUGGCUAGCCUGGGAGGUCCUGGUCACCAAAUACGUGCUGGAAGGGUACAGCAUCACUGAUAACAGCGCCGCUUCCAUGCUUCAGGUCUUUGAUCUGAGAAAGAUCCUCACAACAUACUACGUGAAGAGUAUCCUAUUCUAUGUAACGAGUUCGCCCAAACUGGAGGAGUGGCUUGCCAACGAGACCAUGCAGGACGGCCUGCGGGCGUGUGCUGGGCACAAUUACGUCGACGUGGAUCCCACCUUCAACCCCAACAUCGACGAGGACUAUGAUCACAGACUGGCCGGCAUUUCCAGGGACACUUUCUGUGCCAUUUACCUCAACUGGAUCCAGUACUGCGCUUCCAGAAGAGAGAAGCCUCUAACUUCAGACAAGGAUUCUUCACUCAUCAUUCUGUGUUAUGGGCUCAGUGUCCUGGGGAGGAGAGCGCUGGGCACAGCGUCCCAUCACAUGUCCAGUAACCUUGAGUCCUUUCUGUACGGACUGCACGCACUGUUCAAGGGAGAUUUUCGCAUUUCCUCUGUUCGAGACGAGUGGAUAUUCGCUGACAUGCAGUUGCUUCGGAAAGUAGUUGUUCCAGGAAUCCGCAUGUCUCUUAAACUCCAUCAGGAUCACUUCACCUCACCCGAUGAAUAUGACGACCCAGCUGUACUGUUUGAUGCCAUAACAUCCCAUGAACAAAACCUGGUUAUAGCUCACGAGGGGGAUCCGGCCUGGAGAAGUGCUGUGCUGUCCAACUCACCCUCUUUGCUCGCUCUGCGACACGUUAUGGAUGACGGGACCAAUGAAUAUAAAAUCAUUAUGUUGAACAAGCGAUAUCUCAGCUUCCGAGUUAUUAAGGUGAACAAGGAGUGUGUCCGCGGACUGUGGGCUGGACAGCAGCAGGAGCUGGUCUUCCUGCGAAACCGCAACCCGGAGCGAGGAAGCAUCCAAAACGCCAAGCAAGCCCUGAGGAACAUGAUAAACUCCUCGUGCGACCAGCCCAUCGGUUACCCCAUUUACGUCUCUCCACUCACAACUUCCUACUCGGACGCACACGAGCAGCUGAAGACCAUUCUGGGAGGCCCCAUCAGUAUUACAAACAUUCGUAAUUUCAUCAUCUCCACUUGGCACAGGUUACGGAAAGGAUGUGGUGCCGGGUGUAACAGUGGGGGGAACAUUGAAGAUUCAGACGCCGGCGGGGUCUCCAAUGCCAGUAACAACGUGACCGCAAACGAGAAUCAGAGCAGCACUUCCCACGGUGGAUCUGGACCAACUGGCCACGGGCCUGGAGCAGGUCUCCAGCCGCCGCCGCUCACCUCGAACCUGCCCACACUUGGAACCAGUCACAGUAGUCACUCAGUGCAAUCCAGCCUGGUCAGACACUCUCCUGCCCGUGCCUCAGUCGCCAGUCAGUCUUCAUACCGUUACAAUGGCCGCCAUUCCUCCCUACGGACCUCAGCCACCGGCCUGGUGCCGUGCCGGCGUUCCUCCACCAGCCAGCUGUCCCUGCGAAACCUUCCCAUCUCAAUCCAGUCUCGGUUGUCCAUGGUGAACCAGGUGGAACCCUCCAGCCAGAUGGGCACUCUGAGCGUGCAGUGUGGCCUGCCCUCCUGCAGCAGCUCCAGCCAGAGCAUCCCCGUCUGCAAACGCAACGCGCUGGCCGGGCUCCUCGGGGCGGAAGGUGUCAGCGGGGCCGACACACAGCCAGGCAGUAACUCCAGCACAGCGUUCAACACUCCGGCCAAAAAAGAUGAAAUUAACUACAAAGUCCAGAUAUUAGACACAAGUCAAGUUAUGGAAGCCAUUAACAUGUCCAAGAGGAGAGAACUGCACUGGCCGGAUGAAGCAAUCCGCAUGAGGGCUGGUCGGAGCAGUUGGAAGGACUGGAGUCCUCAGGAGGGCAUGGAAGGCCAUGUGAUUCACCGCUGGGUGCCUUGCAGCAGAGAACCAAGUAGCAGGUCCCACAUAGACAAGACUAUCCUGCUGGUUCAAAUUGAAGACAAAUACGUGGCUAUCAUCGAGUCCGGAGUCUUGGAAUUGGGGGCUGAGGUUUGAAACACUUGCAGCAGAAGUUGAUACUGAGAGCAAAGCCUGUUCUGCCAUCUAGUGGUCUGAAAGCAUCACUACAACAGCUGGAGGCUGGAAUGGAAUACUGUACCUGGAAUCAGCCACAGGGUGAAGAGCACAGGGAUGGAUGUAGCUUCAUGACCUCAUCUGAUAGGUGUGAGAAUUGAGGGAGGGGGUAGGGAGCGAGAGAGAAAGAGAAAAGGAAAACUGCAUGAAGGCAGAAUUCUGCUAAUAUAUCAUUUUGUUUUUAAUUUUUUUUAAAAAUCUUUUCAUUGCAUCUCAUAUACUUUAAAGAACGGUUUUCCUUAAGUUCUUGUUCAGUAGAUUACAUUGAAAGUGUUGGUCUUGUUAUUUAUUAAUUUUUUUGCCAAAAACUGAGAACGCCAUGAAUUUCAUACAGUGCACAUUUGAACUGUCCAAAUAUUUUUUUCCCUUAUUCUUGCUUGGUUACAGUUCUAUUGACCAUAUAAAAGAGCGGCAAUGUUAUAAGUGACUGUCCGGUCGGACCAUUUUAUUUUAAUUUUGCUCCUUUCCCAUUCCUUUGGAGUUGUAAACGUGUUAAAAGACAACUGCACUAAGUAACAGCAAUGCACUAAAAACUCUGAGAUUCCUCAGAUUGUUUAUUUAUAAAUUGCCAUUAUUUUAAAUGCCUUUUUGGGAAGAGAACAGCAAUUUACUGACUUGCAUUCAAUUAAGCUCCGAUCACACUUUCUUUCCUGUUGUACUUUCUUUUGACUUGAAUUUAUUUUGUUAAUUGAUUUGAUCAUCAGAACCUAUAUGUACAGUUGUAUGAUUUUUUUAUCAAAAAAUAUUUAUUACUUUGAACGUGUUUUUUGUUCCCUUUUGCUAUAAAGUUUCUGUGUAUUCAGGGAGAAAAAGUAACCAUGGGUUUCAGCAGUGAUUUCACUGGACUGAAAGUGACAGGAAACAGCUAUGUUUCCAUUGCAGACUGUGCAAUUGAAUCCCUUUCCCUCAGUGCAUCCAAACCACCACUGCGCCACCACACACCAUGCAUCGGGAUGGGCGCUUACAAAAUACAUAAAACCCUUGUAAAUAUUCUAGUUGGUGUUUUAAAACAGAGUGGAAGGAUUUUUUUUGCAAUAUAUUGCAUCUGAAACUAAAUACAGUAUUGAAAGUUGAGAAAUUAUGAUAAAUAAAAGGAAUUUUA